CGCGCGGGAAAUUUUUUCAUUCGGGCGAGGAACUUGGUAAGACUAGUGGUUUGUUAUCUCAAGCUGUCUUCAUUUUACAUCCAAACAAAUUUUAAACAACUUUACAUAAAUCCAAGUCAAAAUGUUUGAGGCAAAACUUGAAGAUGGCACACCUUUAAAAAAACUGAUAGAAUCAAUGAAAGAUUUAUUCACUGAUGUAAAUUUUGAUUGUACAGCAGCAGGAAUAAGCUGUCAAGCUAUGGACAGUAGUCACGUUUGUCUGUGCUCAGUCCUGUUAAAAGCAGACUCGUUUGACCCUUACAGAUGUGAUCGCAAUUUAACAUUAGGAAUGAACUGCGUAACUUUGUCCAAAAUAUUAAAGUGCGCAGGCAAUGAUGAAUCAAUCACUGUUCGAGCUGAAGACAAUGCAGAUACGGUUUCGUUUGUCUAUGAAAAACCAAAUCAGGAGCGUGUAUCAAAGUUUGAAAUGAAAGUUAUGGAUAUUGAUAGCGAACAUCUUGGAAUUCCUGACCAAGAAUACGAUGCUAUAAUUAGACUGCCAUCUCAUGAGUUCUCUAGAAUCUGUCGCGAUCUUAGUCAGUUUGGGGACACUGUUACCAUUGCUGCUACGAAAGAUGGUAUCCGAUUUUCGUGUAGUGGCGAGACUGGUAACGGAAGCAUUACUCUUCGACAAAGUUCUUCAGUUGAUUCAAAAGAAGAUGAAGAAGUUUCAAUCGAAUUAAACGAAGCUGUAACACAAACAUAUGCAAUGCGAUUUCUUAUCCUGUUUUCUAAGGCUCAAUCACUUUCAAAGAGUGUAGCUUUGUCAAUUUGUCAAGACGUUCCACUUGUUGUUGAAUACAAAAUUGGUGACUGUGGCCAUAUCAGAUAUUUCUUGGCACCAAAGAUUGAUGAUGACAUUCGAGAUGACAUGGAACAAGGGGGUGAUAAUGAUGAAGGACAGCAAAAUGAAAAUUGAUGUAACGCAAUUGUUUUAUUAACAAAUCAGCAUGAGUCCACUAAUCUGACAGUGCAACUAAUAAUGAUAUACACCCUUUUGUAGCAUAUAUUUCUAUUUGGUUUCAGCUUUAAUAUUUCAAUAUAUAUAUGUUCCGUUUUUAGUUUACCAUGGUUAGGAAUUAAAUAACAUGCUUUUGGAAAUAUAACCUUGUAUAAAUUAUUUAAAUAGAUAGUGAUUGUACAAA